AAUUGACUCUGGGACAAGGUCUCCUUUAUUGUCACUGCUGAGGCUCUGAACUUUGUGGAGCCAUGAGGACAACUCUCUGGACCCUGAGUUUGGGGCCUCUUCUCAUGCUCAGGGCAGCUCUUAUUGGCAUGUCCUCUGAAGGUGGCCAAGGUGACCUGAGGCUGGCAAACAGACAGAGCCCGUGUGAUGGAGUGGUGCUGGUCCGACACCAAGGGGAGUGGGGCCACCUGUGCAACCAAGAAUGGACACUGGCAGAGGCCUCUGUGGUGUGUAGGCAGCUGGGUUGUGGCCCUGCCGUGGGUGCCCCCAAGUAUGUACCCCUGCCUGGAGAGAUGGUCCGGCCCUGGCUGCACAAUGUAUCCUGUUGGGGCAAUGAGACAUCUCUCUGGGAGUGUAGCCUCGGGGCGUGGAGUCAGAGCGCUUGUCCCCACGAGUGGGUGGUGGUGGCUCUCUGUGCAAAUGGCACCUUCCGGGAGAUCAGGCUGGUGAAGGGCCGCAGUCCCUGUGCAGGACUCCCCGAGAUCAGAAAUUCAAAUGGAGUGGACCGCUUCUGUGGCCUGCACAUGGAGGAGGCCACAGUAUUCUGCCGUGAGCUGGAAUGUGGCCAUGUGCUCCAGGCGCCCCGUCACGAUGUGGGUGUCAGUAAGUACAUGACCUGCAAGGGCACCGAGAGCACCAUCCGCAACUGCAGACUCAACAACAAACUACGUGGCGGCUGCGACCUCCGGCUGGAUGCAGAGGUGGUGUGCUCAGGACACGUGGAAGCCCGGCUAGUGGGUGGAGAGCAUUCCUGUGCUGGACGCCUGGAGGUUCUUCGGGGACUGACCUGGGGUACCGUCUGCCACGCUGAUCUGGAUUUGCCCACAGCCCAUGUGGUGUGUCGGGAGCUAGGGUGUGGCAUGGCUGUGUCUACACUUGGGGGUGCUCAGUUUGGCCAGGGCUCAGGGCCUGUGUGGUUAGAAGCCUUCCGCUGUGUGGGGAAUGAAUCACUGCUGUUUCACUGCCCUCGGGAGCCUGGUCACCACUGUGGCCACAACCAGGAUGCUGCACUCACCUGCUCAGAGUUCCGGCUGGUCAAUGGGAACAGUGCCUGUGAAGGCCGCGUGGAACUCCAAGUGCAAGGGGCCUGGGCACCCCUGUGUGCUGCCAACUGGGACCUGGCAGAUGCCAUGGUUCUCUGUCACCAACUCAACUGUGGCAAUUCAGUAUCCAUACCUCCAGGAGGACAUUUUGGGGGUGGGGAAGCCUCCAUCUGGCCAGAUGUAUUUCAUUGUGUGGGGACAGAGCCUCAUUUGCUGCACUGUCCAGCAAGCACUCUGGGGGCCCACCCCUGUGUCCCCGGAAAUUCAGCUUCAACCAUCUGUUCAGGUCUCCAAGAUAUCCUGCGGCUGAGAGAUGGACAGAGUCAUUGCGAUGGCCGUUUGGAGAUUUCCCUGGAUGGUUCGUGGGGUCGCGUAUUGGAUGACGCCUGGGACAUGCGUGACGCCAGCGUGGUGUGCAGGCAGCUAGGGUGCGGAGAGCCACAGCGAGCCUACAAUGCUCCAGCCCCCAUUCAUUGGACAGUCCCUGUGGGCCUGAGCCAGGUGCGCUGCCUGGGUGCUGAGACUCGCCUGACGCAGUGCAAUGUGUCUACAUCCUUGCUCGUGCCUGCUGGGACCUUGCAGGACGCAGGCGUGGUGUGCUCUGGGAGCCUGCGCAUGAGGCUGGCUGCGGGCCCAGGCCGCUGUGCUGGGCGUGUGGAGGUGUACUAUCAGGGCUCAUGGGGCACUGUGUGUGAUGAUGCGUGGGAUCUUCGGGACGCACAAGUGGUCUGCAGGCAUCUGGACUGUGGCCAUGCCCUCAGUGCUCCAGGGAAUGCCCACUUUGGGUCAGGGACCGGGCGCAUCUGGAUGGAUGAGCUGGACUGCCUGGGAAAUGAGACUUCAUUAUGGGAGUGCCAGUCAGGAAGCUGGGGCCAACACGACUGCAGGCACAAGGAGGACGCGGGAGUGUUCUGCUCAGAAUCCGUGGCUCUGAGGCUGCGAGGUGGCACCAGCGGCUGUGUUGGAUGGUUGGAUGUGUUCUACAAUGGGUCAUGGGGUGCUGUGUGCAGCAACACACUCAGAGACACCUCCUUGAAUAUCGUCUGCAGACAGAUGGGCUGUGGGGACCAGGGCUGGCUGGAGAACAGGCCAUCUCCCGCAGCUGGCUUGGGAAUCUCCUGGGUGGACAAUAUCAAGUGUCGAAAGCUACACAAUGUCACCCUGUGGCAGUGCCCUUCUGCCCCAUGGAACCCACACUCCUGCGCCCAGGAGGAGGAGGUCUGGAUUAACUGUGAAGGACCGUCACAGGUAGGCCCACAGGACCCUGCACAGACCCCUAACUGUUCUUCUCCACUUGGCUGCUUAGAGGGCAGUGUACUGCGUGUGCUUGGGGGUGAGGAUGGCUGUUCUGGGCGUGUGGAGCUCUGGCAUGCAGGCUCGUGGGGCACGGUGUGUGACGACUCCUGGGAUCUGGCGGAUGCCGAGGUUGUGUGCCGGCAGCUGGGCUGUGGCAAGGCCCUGGCUGCUCUGGGAGAGGCUGCCUUUGGCCGCGGCUUGGGGCCUGUGUGGCUAGAUGAGGUGGAGUGCCUUGGCAGUGAAGUGACCCUGGAGGCCUGCCAGUCUGAGCUGUGGGGACAUGGAGACUGCACACACAAGGAAGAUGCAGGUGUUCGGUGUGCAGGUGUCCCCACCACCACCACAUUGUCUCCUUACCUGUCCUCUCCACCCGUUGCUGAGGUCUGGACCCUGCCUGAGAUUGCCUGCCUGGUGCUUGGCUGCCUCUUGGGCAUUGUCUUCCUGGUUAUGGCAGCUCAGUGGUGCCACAUCAGAGAUGCUUGCCUGGGUUGUGGAAUGUUGGGGCAUCAACAGUCAGAUGGUGUCUAUGAGGAUAUUGAAGUUGGCCCUGUGCAGAAGAAAGAGAAGACCACAGCGUCCAUGAUACUGAUGCAGGAAGAGGGUUAUGAUGAUGCUGAAGAGCCUGAGGACCUGUCCGGAGAGAGUGCGGAGGAGUAG